CAAAUUGAACAAGGAAAAGAAACCUCUCAAAUAAAAUAAAAGUAUAUACAUUUUUCUUUUCUAAUAGAAAAAAGUCUAAUUCCAAAUUUUACAUGCCAAUUGCCAUCUCCCUUUUCACUAUGCAAAGCAUAUACUAAAAUUAUAUCUUACAUGGUAGCAGCUGUUAGCCUUAAAAAGAUUCUGGGUCUUUUCAAGAAUUCAGUUUUAAAGAUAUGGGAAAUGAAGAAGAAGCCAUAACUAACAAGUCAAAGGAAGGAACUUUUAGCAACCCAGUUGUAGAAACUCCAAUUCAAAGGGUAGGGGAUUCAACAGAAAUAAUUGAGGAACACACAGAGGAUCAACAGCGGAGGCGACUUGACCUUGUCUUAGAGGUUCCAUCAAGAACUCUGGAGGAAGCUAGAGAUGAUUUUGUGGCAAUUCAAAUGCCUGUAACACCAAAUCAUACCCCUAAAAGGGUAAAUUUUUCCCCCUUCCCUAGCCCCAGCCUUUUCAAAAUAAAUGAUUCACCAGAUCCAUCACCAUCAAAAAAUAAGUCAACCAUAAGAAGUCUCCUUCCAAAGUUAAGUUUUAAAUAUCGAAAUACUACUUCGGAUAUUGAGAAGGCUGCUAUAUUAGCUUUAGGAGGUUCAUCUGUGGAAAUAGAGAAGAAGCCUUUUCUUUCUAGGACAAUGUCUUUCACAAAACUUUUUACACCCAGGACAAAGAGAACAUCAUCUUUACCAGUUACCCCUAUUGCUCACUCAAAUCCAGAGUCUAUGCAUGGAGGCUAUGCAACAAAUCCAUCAAGCUCAGCUAAAGGAGAUGCCCAAAAACCCAUUCAUCGUUCACGUUCUGUCCCUAUGAUGGACAAAGAGGGAAGUGUAAGGCAAAUAGAUCCUUCAGGUGGCAUAUUUCGUGUGGUUCCCACUACACCACGGCCGGCGGAGGUGGCUGUCACAACAACAUCAAGUGCAUCUCCUAGAAAUGAUAUUGAUGGAAAUGAAGAUAGUGGUGAAGAUAUUCCAGAAGAAGAAGCUGUUUGCAGAAUCUGCUUGGUUGAAUUAGGGGAAGGUGGUGACACUCUCAAGAUGGAAUGCAGUUGCAAAGGUGAACUUGCCCUAGCCCAUCAGGAAUGUGCUGUAAAAUGGUUUAGCAUCAAAGGCAACAAAACAUGUGAUGUGUGCAAACAAGAGGUUAAGAACCUAGCAGUUACCCUUUUACGACUUCAAAAUGCUCGAGGAAAUAGGUCUCGGCCUGCUGAGGUUGCUCAAUACAGGGUUUGGCAGGAUGUUCCCAUUCUUGUAAUUGUCAGCAUGCUUGCUUACUUUUGUUUUCUCGAGCAACUUCUGGUAGGGAAACUUGGGUCUGGUGCAAUUGCCAUUUCUCUUCCUUUUUCCUGUAUAAUUGGACUUCUUGCAUCCAUGACAUCUACCACAAUGGUAAGGAGAAGAUAUGUCUGGGUUUACGCGACUAUUCAAUUUGGAUUGGUGGUCCUAUCUGCUCAUCUUUACUACUCGUUGCUUCACAUGCAGGCUGUUUUAUCAGUUCUCCUAGCCACAUUUACAGGGUUUGGAGUUACAAUGAGUGGAAGUUCUGUGAUUGCUGAGAUUUUUCGGUGCCAGAGAAGAUGGAUUGCUCAAGUAAAUGAGCAGCAUGGUUCUCAGGGUGCAACACAGCCCGAUCAAACACUUGCAGCUGCUCAUCAAACUGAGACAAAUCCUGACCAUCAACAGAUUGAAACAGGGGGUUCGGAAUCUAUACCUGGCCGCUGAUUUGGUAUAAUUUAUGAUGCAUUACUGCCAUCACCAGCUGCACAGUAAAGAAUAAAUUUAUAGAUUCUGGAUGUAUCCUAAGUGCAUAAAAUAGAUAUGACACUUGGCUAUCAUCUUUCUUUCUUAUGUUUUCUGUUUACUGCCUCUUCAAAAAAAAAAGAAAAAAGGAAUUGUUCAGACUCUACUAGCGCAUCUAAUUUGAGAGAAAAAUAUUCAUUUAUAGUUUUGAUGCUUCA